AACAACAACAACAACAACUGGUGCCUGAGAAAUUAAGGUGCAUUUUUAUUGAAAAGUGUAUUUGUACUCUAUAAUCACCUUUAUUUCGUAGAGAUGAACCCAAAGUAAGGCAUAAGGUUUUUACAGAGAAGACACCGGUUGCGACCUGAUCAAGGACAGAGCAGGCUCGGCUGUGAGACUGCAGCACGGUGCGCAGUGACCGGCUGCAUCCACUGGGGGAGGACCGAGCUCCGCCUGCAUGCGCUGCGGUACAUGAACGACUUUCUCACUAAGACUCUCCAUCAUCACAUACAAUGGGAGGGAUACAGGAGUAGAGGUAGGGCUACAGCGGCAGACAGACAGAUGUGUGAUGCUCAGACUCAACCAUGGGGCCAUUUACCCUCGCCUGUGCCAAUGUAAACUUUUACCCACCCUCCUGGCUAUUCGCCGCUAUCGAGUGGAACUGUCUUUGAUGCCAACUCGCUGCUGGCACACCUGCUUUUGCUUUUUUCUCAUCUUGAUUGGUGUUGCCGGUACAACAGGAGCGAUGCAGCACCAACGGGAGCUUAAGUGCCAGUAGAUCCUGUUGAAUUGAGGCAAGGCGUCGAGACGCAGCCAAAAAAAGUGUCCUCCUCAGAGUGCGUCAGAGCACGGAUGUAUAUGCUGGAUGUAGAUGUGGAUAUGGUUGCCCGCCGGAUACGAUGAGGGAUUUGUGAUAUUACACCCCAAAACCAAGAAGAGGAUUUGAGCACAGACGGAGAGCUGCAUCCUCACCCAGCAUUCCUCCGCCUCCUCCUCUUCCAUCAGAUUUGUUUGUAGGGGGGGGGGGGCAGAGGCGAUUUCUUUUGGCCCCCGUUUUAAAUCUGCUGAGCGCAUCGGAGGAACAAAGUCAUUCAGAUUCAUCGGAGCUCCAAAACAUAAGAGCGAAGAGCCAUAAAAAAAUCUCAUCUCAUAAAAAAUGGCAACCAUGGGCGACCAGGGAAGAUCAAAAGACGCUUUUUGGGGCUGAGAAAUUAACCACCUGAUGGGCACCAGAGAAGCCGAAGAAAGACUGUUUGGGUGUCGCUUGUUGACUCGGUGAUUUAUCAUGCUGAGCAUAAAAGGGGCGCUGCAAGUUUGACACAGCGUCUGCGUAACAGGCUAUGCCAAUGGCCCUGGUGUUUUUUGGUUAUGGUAAUGAUGUCAUAAAAUAUACACUGGGCGCAACAAGAUAUGCUCACCAGUGUUUUUUUUUUCCUUUUUUUUUAUCAUGUAAGUAGCAACGCGGACUCCAGCCAACAUGGACCUUACUGAGGUGUGUUUGUUAAUCUGACUUUCUAAACGAUUGAUGCCUCAGUCUCUCUGUGUCUGCGCGACAGAGCUGCAACUUUUAUCCUCUGGUCUGCAUCCCCCUUGACGAGGGUUCUGUAGCCUUCGCGGACCGAACCUUUACAAAAAUGGAGUUUGCCAUGGUGGGUGCGGACGGCGGGUGCAACAGUCACCUGCCGUAUGGAUAUGCCCAAGCCCGCGCGCGGGAGAGGGAGCGCGAGAGGGAGCGCCAGGUUGCCCAUUCGAGAGCGACGGCCGCGGCUGCAGCAGCCGACGGUGGCUCCGGUGCGGAGGGAGGCGCGGGGGGGCCCACCUCCGCCACCUCCUCGGGCGCUCAUCUCCUUAACAACCGCCAACAUCAGUCUCGCGCCGCCUCCUCCUCCGCCAACAUCAGCAGCAGCGGCGGCGCCGCCUUGCGCCCCUCCUCCUCCUCCACCUCCUCCUCGCAGCAGGAGCCCGAACAGCAACAGCAGCACAGAGUUCUCAGAGAGCGGAAAAAGCAGCGCGGCGUCGGUCGGUGGAGGCGCAACCGGAGCACUCUCGGAGGGGACUUGCGCCACUCGGAGCUGGCGCUGCUCGGAUCCGAGGAGGACAUCAUGAUAGAGGAGGAAGAGGCCGAGGGAGCGGAGGAAGAGGAGGAGGAGGAGGUGGAGGGGGGAGAGGCGGCGGAGGGCGGACGGGGGAGCAAGAGGUCGAGCUUUCUGUGCAACAUGGAUGAUGAGGAGGAGACCGUGUCUAUCACCGACAGGCGUCCCCAGUCCGGAUACGAGAACGUUUACAGCGAGUGCGGCUGCUGUGAGAGGGUCGUCAUCAACGUGUCGGGGCUGAAGUUUGAAACUCAGCUGAAGACGCUCACUCAGUUCCCGGACACCCUCCUGGGAGACCCCGACAAGCGAAUCAGGUACUUUGACCCGCUGAGGAAUGAAUACUUCUUCGACAGGAACCGGCCGAGUUUUGACGCCAUUCUUUACUAUUACCAGUCAGGAGGGCGGUUAAAAAGACCUGCCAACGUCCCGUUUGACAUCUUUUCCGAGGAGGUAAAGUUUUAUGAACUCGGCGAGGAGGCGAUACUGAAGUUUCGGGAGGAUGAGGGGUUUGUGAAGGAGGAGGAGAAACCUCUGCCGGAGGACGAGUUCAAGCGCCAGAUUUGGCUCCUUUUUGAGUAUCCAGAGAGUUCGAGUCCUGCCAGGGGGAUAGCAGUGGUGUCUGUCCUGGUCAUAGUCAUUUCUAUUGUCAUUUUCUGUCUGGAGACGCUGCCCGAGUUCAGGGAUGAAAAAGAGUAUCUGCAGCCACGCCAGAACUCCUCUCAGCCUGACCACGGAUUUACACCUUUCAACGACCCGUUUUUCAUCGUGGAGACGGUCUGCAUCAUCUGGUUCUCCUUUGAGAUUAUAGUUCGAUUUUUUGCGAGUCCAAGCAAGACAGCUUUCUUUAAAAACAUAAUGAACUCUAUAGAUAUCGUAUCCAUUUUGCCUUACUUCAUAACCCUCGGCACGGACCUGGCGCAGCACCAGGGAAACGGGCAGCAGGCGAUGAGUUUCGCCAUCCUGAGAAUAAUCCGCCUGGUCAGGGUGUUCCGCAUCUUCAAACUAUCUAGACACUCCAAGGGGCUGCAGAUCCUGGGGCAUACCUUGCGCGCCAGCAUGCGGGAGCUGGCCCUCCUCAUUUUUUUUCUGGUAAUAGGCGUCAUCCUGUUCUCCAGCGCGGUGUACUUCGCCGAGGCGGACGAGCCCACCUCGCAGUUCACGAGCAUCCCCGACGCUUUCUGGUGGGCCGUGGUUACCAUGACCACGGUGGGCUACGGCGACAUGAAGCCAAUCACUGUCGGUGGGAAGAUAGUGGGCUCCCUUUGCGCGAUCGCGGGCGUGUUGACCAUCGCGCUUCCUGUGCCCGUGAUAGUGUCCAACUUUAACUACUUUUAUCACCGGGAGACGGACAACGAGGACCAGUCGCCCGUGGUGGAGAGCAUGCCGCCGGGCUGCCCGUACUUCCCGGACUUUCUUAGGAAGUUCAAAAGCUCGCCGUCUGGCUCCUCGCUGGGUGACAAAGGGGAGUACAUGGAGAUGGAGGAGGGGGUGACGGAGUCGCUCUGCGGGUUGGACAAAAGCCCCAGUAAAGGAAAUGGCACAGACAUAAGCAGAAAAAACAGUACUAACUCGAAAUCAAUUCAGACUGACGUGUGACUAAGAGUUUUAUUUUAUUAUUUUCUAAACACGAUACACAUCCGAUUAAAGACUCUUUCUGGCCAGCAGCAGCUGAAUCAUACCCCCCAAUAGGCCUAUAUACGUUUUACGCACGCCUCACACAGACGCACACAUACACACACACAUUCACACUCAUAGGCCACCAAUUGGCACCUUAAUGGCAUCCAUGCCUAAAUUUGCCUGAUAGACACAGAUAUAUCCGUUUAUCCAGUGUGGGCUUCCAAAUCUGACAUGGAAUCUGAAUUAGACAACAGGCUAUGCAUUCGCACUUUAUGACUUUCAUCUGUCACAUCACAGGGGUAGAGAUGGUCGUUUUUUGCUGUUAUGCAAUAAAGUUAAAAUUUGUUUGCACUAUAACGUAGAAUUUGCGCUGGGUUAGAGACAGUAACUGUAGGCCAUUCAGAUGGCAACAUUGUAGUCAUCCUCUGCUCACCUGGAUACAGAAUGUAUGAGUAGAGAAAAGGGGAAACUAUUUCACUUAGUCUGCCAGAAAAUAAAAAUAUAAAACUGAGCUCUAUUCACAUAAAAAAAGCCUAAGAGAGAAUACUUUUAUCUUUGUUCAUUUAAAAUACUCAAACAAAAAUGAUCUACACAUUGAUGAUAUAUGUCAUAACGUAGGCAUUAAAUAAACCAGGGCUAUAUUGAAAUAAGCUUUUCCAUAAGAGGCCAAAAAUAAUAAUAAAAAAAGACCCACAAUGAGAGCUAAGCACAGGUGUCAUCAUUGUUUAAAAUGGCUGGAGAAGUCACCCAGCCCAGGUUUUCUAUGGACACUCUUAAAGCCUCGGCUGCAACAUUUUUUUUUUUCAUUUAAAGCACCUCAAAAUGACAAUAUCCCUUUACAAAGAUGAAUAUGGAAAGUUACAGCGUAAAAGACUCUGAUGUGGGAACUCUCUAAAAGGAGAGAUUAUGAGCAAUUUUCUCGCCUUUCUGCUGGACUCAGUGCACAAAAAGGUAUAUAUAUAUAUUUAUAUAUACCCAUAUUUUAUUUAUUUUUUUUGCUCAAGAGGACUUUGAUUAUCUCCGAGCACAGAAGAUAAUCAGGAUGUGGAUGUCUUCCAAGGUAUGUAGUGUUCAAUUUCUGCGUAAAGCUAACUUUUACUGAAUUGUGAUUGUGGGUUUUUGAUGUAGGUAAUCAUAGUUGUGGCUCAUUGGCCACGGUGGCAUAGUCUUGGGGAGGCACACGUAAGCAGUAAUACAUGUAUCUGUUAGUUUUGAAUCAAACACACUUACUGCAUUAUACCCUUUAAAGAUAGUGUAAAAAUGUGGUCCUAUACAAUAGAUGGGUAAAAAAAAAACUGAAGUUAGAAUCUGAUUCCUACUUUCUAUUUUGAUGUUAAACUAAAGAACUGCAGUUAGUUUUUAAGGAGCAUAGCUUAAUACCUUAAUGUUUAAUAUGUCUCAUGUGUUGUUGUGGAAGACAAAUACUGGAUUAUAAAGGCACUGAUGAGACUGUGCUUAAAAGAUAUCCUGAAGAGCCUGGACUCAGUUUUCUGCCAUUAUUAGUUAAUGGUUCUCUUUUACAACAUGCAGGGAUCUAAUUAUAUUUGAUCAAUUAAUAACAGCUGCCAUUAUCUCAUUCAAGGUGACAUCAGGUCAGCCUCCUCAGAACUUGUGCCAAAUGUUUUUGGAAAGUUUCCAGCUAAGAAUUUUUGGACUUUUGUACAAUCACUUUUUAUUUUACUUUUAAUUAAACUCAAUAGGAUAUUGAAUGUGAUCAUUUUUAUAUAACUCUUGAUAAAGUGCUGAAGUAGUCCAGAGUUUUCUUCUUUUCCCUACUACACAGUUCAGACAUAAAACGCUUAUUUAUAAGACUUGUCAGGUCUCAGCUUUCUAGUUCUUUUACUGCAUUUUCACUCCAAACAGCAGAUGUAGUAGGAGGAAACUAACAUGAAGAUCUGGUGUGUAGUACUCAUAAUAAGUCCAAUAAAUUAACUUUUAUGCUCUCAGUGUUUUAGUAAAGCUUUCUUGCAUACUCAAUCUAACCAUGUCUAAAAGGUUAAAGCUUUGGACCAGGGAGAAGUGUGCUUUGGAUGUGUAAUGGUUGCAGUUGUGUUUGUGCUGAGCAGCAUUUGGCAGUAGAAAGAUGGCUUUACAACCAGAGGAAAAUUUCACUCUGUUUACUCUAAAUCUCUCAGUUAAGAGUGUACAGAGGAGUAGGACUCCAUGACAUCAGCUAGUUUGAAAGCCGAAUAUGCCUCUUAGAGAAAGUGGAAAGUUUUCAGCCUUCAGUGCAGUUUAUUCUCAGAAUGAACUCACAGUCCUGGCCAGACAUUUACGUUCACUCAUCAUCAGCACAUGUGGAUGUCAUGUUAAAUUUGAGUAAAUGACUUUGAUUUAUUAUAAAGACAAGAAUUGGGUGCACAAUUACAAAUGUCUUACAGUGCAUCUGGAAAGUAUUCACAGUGCUUCACUUUUUCACAUUUUAUGUUACAGCUAUAUUACAAAUUGUAUUAAUGAAUCUUUUUCCUCAAAAGUCCACACACAAAUGUGGGGAAAGGUUUGUGAGAUAUUUGUAAAUUUAUUAAAAUAGAAAACCAAGAAAUCUCAUUUACAUAAGUAAGCACAGCUUUUGCUCAGUGCUUUGUUCGUCCACGUUUGGCAGCAAUUACGGCUUCAAGUCUGUUUGAAUGUGAUGCCUCUUAUCUAUAGGCAGCUUCCCCCAUUCUUCUUCACAGUACUUCUCAAACUUCAUUAGGUUGGGAGAUGUCUGUCAGCCACUUUUUAGAUCUCACUAGAGAAGUUUACUCCAGGACAUUCACAGAGUGGUUCUGAAGCCAUUCCUUUGAGAUCUUGACCAAGUGCUUUGGGUCGCUGUCUUGCUGAAAAAUGAACUGUUGCCCCAGUCUGAGGUCAAGAUGCUCUGGAGCAGGCUUUUCAGCCAGGUUUCUCUAUACAUUGCUGCAUUAAACUUUCCCUCUAUCCUGAAAAAUUCACCAGUUCCUGCUGCUGCAAAACAUAGCAUGACGCUAGCACCACCAGGCUUCACUGUAGGGAAGGGCUGAUUGUUUAAACCUGAAGAAAAUUGGAUUCCAGCAUGAUAAUAGUACUAAACAGACAUGAAAACCUUUUCUGGUUAGGACAAAGAAGGCUGACAUUAAGCCUAAGGAAUUGCCCCAACUUCACCCCUAAUGAAAAUGUAUAGACUAUGUCUAAAAGUUAAGUGUGUACUAGGAAAUAGCUUACAUCUAAGAUGCAAGAUGCUAAUUCUAAUUUUCUAAUUAUACCAAAAAAGUUAUCAAAACAUCAAAUCCAAUCAAUUGCUUUUGACCAUAAAUAAUUUACAUUUUAAAGAGGCACAGCCGGAGUUCGGACUUAAAUAUGAAAGAAAAUCUGAAGGCGGUCAGAAAUUUAGCGGAUGGUAAGAAAUAAUUUCAACCACAAAUAUGUCAUGCCCAUCCACAAAGAUGAAUGAUCAAAAUAUCAGUGUGAGCAAUUAAAAAAAUGGAUUUGACUGCUGCAGCCCAAAAAUGCCUCCAACUGUGAAUAAAAACAUGAAAAGUAUUCUUCCAAAACUGAUGCCCUUUCACAUCGCUUUGUUAUCCUUUUAGAGAUCUUUACCUCAUUUCUUAUCAGAAACAAACCUCUUGGUAAAUUCAUUACUGUGAAUUUGCUAUGAAAAUAGCACACUCCAGUGCUUUUCAUACAGCACCAGAAUAUUUACAUAAAAACUUAAUUUCCAACUUAACUUCUAAUUUAGCAGACUGAUUCAGCCAUCACACAUUACAUCAGCGCAUCUCACAACACAAUCACAGCACCGGUGCAUAAUAAUUUGUUGCAUAGCUUAUAUCCUCGGAGGAGCUAUUCAUACAAGAUAUUUUUAACACCUACACCCACAUCCAAACAUCCACAGCACCAUGCUGGCACCCAGCCAGCUCCUGACACCUCACACUCAGCACUUACAUAAUGUGGCUUACAGCAAGAGGCACAAUCCAAAACAUUUUUCAGCAAAGUGUGUGUGGGUCAGGCAUAUUCUAAGGCUUGUGGCUGCUGAGCUGACUGUGAAAACAGCCUGUAUCAUCUUCAGCCACGGAGGCACUGUGAAUCCUAAUGUCACGUGCAGGCUGAUUGUUUGUAGUGCAGAUACCAACCAUAUGGCUUGGCUACGUGAGGAGAAAAUCUGAGGUAUUUAUGGGUAUUUCUCCAAAGGUAUGUCGAGCCCGUCGAAGGACAUAGAGAAGAAGUGGAAAUAAAUCAGCUGUAGAUAAUGUCAGACUAGGUUACGUAACAGUAGGGCAGAGUCCAAAUUAGUCUGGCUGGGCAAUAGAAAGUUAAAUGGCAGUUCUGCUAAUCAGAUAAUAGUCAGAGACAAUUUAUCUGUAAUACUGAGCUGGUCUGAAGGAUUUAGAUGUUUUUAUUGAAAGUAGAAGAAAUACGACCUGCAUUAGAUUUUUACACGAAAUGUUUGAUCAACACACAACUCUAGGUUGUAUCAGAACAUCUGUAAGAAGUUCUGGCCAUUGAUAAAUGUAUACUCCUUUCUAGUUCUCUGUAGGGAAUCUCAUCCUGUAGACCAAAGUCUUGAGGUCACCUUUGUAAGACAUGUAACCAAAGUCAGAGAGAAGUCAGUAACUGUGCAGUUCCCUUAAAGGUUUCUGUGUUACACGAGCUUGAUUUUAUUAAUUACAAAUAUAUGUUGCAUGAUGUUGUAGUAUAAAAAUAUUAUUAGGAUAUUCUUUUCAGAGGAGAACGAAAAACAGUAAUUCUAAAUAAUGCACGUUGUACACAAAUUGCACACAUAAUAAAUUAAAUAAAUAAAUAUACAAAAAUAUUGUGAUAACAGGGCAACAGUCUAAUGCUUUAAGUUAACUUUUAGCAUUAUUUCAAAAACUAAAAUUUCUCUUUUAAAAAAGUAGUGUGCAUGAAACAAGGUUAGGUUUGGUGUUUGGAAAUAAAUAUAAAUAUGAAGCGUUACCUUUUUUAUCUCUCUAAUUGCUAAUUUGCUGCCCAAUAUUUAAGCAAUUUCAAUUUACAAAUGCUUUAAAUGAUUAAAUGAUUUGAACUGAACAACAA